UUUUCUUUUCUUCUUUUUCCGCUCUUCUCAUUGUGUGUAAACGAAAGAUAGAGGCAUUACAUCAACAUAUUCCGGUCAAGGUGUUGUAAUAGCGAACAUGUCAGCAUCCUUUGUUCUGUUGGGCGGUCAAGAUAAAAAGAUCUCGCUUGAGCAACAACGUCAUCCUUGCCCUCGUUGCAAACAUGAAUCGUCUGUUCAGUUGACUCGCUGCGAGACUCAAUUAGUGAUUUUCAAUAAGCAUGUCGGCAAACCGAACAAAAUGCGUGUACGAUAUGAAUGCAGCGAAUGCGGAUGGAAAGCCGAGAGUUUGCCCGAGAAUCCCGAAGACCCUUAUUCUUGGAAAAUCGCUUACCUCUAAAUACCUCCUUCGACCGCUUUCUCGUUGCUCGACUUUUUUUUUUUUU